AGACUCACGGGCCAUAAGAUCUCUCUCACUCCCGUCGCAGCCACCAACGGAUCAGAAAACCCUUCAAUUUAAAACACACAGGCACACACUUGUUCCUCAAAUCUGUCUCUCUCUUGUGCGCGCUUGCGCUUGCAGACCUCGCUCUGCAACUCGCUUACCGAGGUGCUCUCUCUCUCUCUCUGUUUCUCUCUCUUGCAGGCAUUCGAACGCACAUGGACCCCCGCACCCUCGGCCUCCUGCUCUCCCUUCCCAAAGUCCCCCACUCAAACACUUUCCACUCCAGCGUAGGACUUCCGUGCCACCACCGCCCACCCUUCUUCUUCAAUCGCGCCAUCAUAUGCUCCGGUGCAAACUCCAAGCCCCAGCCACCGCCGUCGCAACCAGUGCCACCUCUUCCUCCGCUGCCGGGACUGAGCUUGCUGUCCAUCUCCGAUUGGGCAGACUCCAUCAAGGAGCGGGGGAUGCAGCAACGGCGACAGCUUUAUACUCACGAGAAGUGGGUGGAGCACCGCAGUUCCCGCCGCCACGUCCGUCAUGUUGCUUCCUCCCUCUCCUCCCGCGUCAUCGUCUCUCUCAUUCCUCCUGUCCUUGUCUUCACCUCAGUCGCGGUCCUUGUCGCCGCCUACAACUCCGCCGUCUCUCUCCGCCUCCUCCCGGAGUUUCUUCCGCUCCUCCACGCUCCUGCCCUCCCUUACCAGCUCACCGCGCCAGCCCUCGCCCUCUUGCUCGUCUUCCGCACGGAAGCCUCCUAUUCAAGGUUCGAGGAGGCCCGCCGAACGUGGGCAAAGGUCAUCGCUGGCGCCCGUGACCUCGCCAGGGCAGCUGCUGCCUGGGUCAGUCUCCCCGAGGAUGAACACCUCCGGGACGCCAUCAUCCAGUACGUCAUGGCAUUUCCCCUGGCUCUGAAGUGCCAUGUAAUAUAUGGAUCGAACUUUGAAAAAGAUCUUGGGACUUUUCUGGAUCAAGGUGAUUUAGCUGUGGUUAUGAGAUCAAAGCAUCGCCCUCGUUGUAUCCUUGGAUUUAUAUCUCAGUGCCUGCAGUUGGCUCACUUGGAUGACUCCAAACGAAAUUCCCUGGAAGCCAAGAUCUCUUGCUUUGAUGAAGUUAUUGGUGUCUGUGAAGAAUUAAUGGGCAUACCAAUCCCUCUUUCAUACACGAGAUUGACCUCGAGAUUUCUUGUGCUCUGGCAUCUAACACUUCCUGUUAUACUUUGGGAUGACUGCAACUGGAUUGUUGUUCCUGCAACUUUUAUGAGUGCUGCAUCUCUUUAUUGCAUUGAAGAAGUCGGCGUUCUCAUCGAGGAGCCAUUCCCAGUGCUUCCACUUGCUGAAUUGUGUAACCUGGCUUGUGAAAGCAUUCAGGAAUCUCUUGCUACCGAGGAAUCAAUCCGAAGGCAACUUCAGGCCAAGAGGAAAAUCGGGUCUGAAACUUCAACUGCAUGCUCACCGAAUGGUUGGCCCAUGUCAGAGCGGGAUCCCAGCUAACCAUCCAUCAUUUUCUUGGUGAAAUGAGGUCUAAUAUUUUGGAGAAUGCUGUUUCGUCCUGUGGCUGCAGAGGAAUAGUAUUGGUGUGCUAGUACUUGAUCAGAUCAUUACAAGAAGACAUUGGUUCUGGCUUUGAGGCACAGCUUGGCGCUUAUAAGGUGGUGCUUAUUGUCUGGCCGUGGAAUUGAGUGGUUCUCCCUUGUCUAUCAAUGGGAUACAUGAGAUGGAUGGUGUGGUCAUAUGGUAAGGGACCUAGCUUCAGGCUCUGAGGAGGGUUGUUCCAGCCAGUUGCAAUAUCCAACGGAGGAAUCUUCAUAACUGUGUCUCGCUGAAUGUUAAAUGGAUCAGAUCAUACUUGAGACCAAGCACAUCCCAUAUGCUGCAUGGCUGUAUCCUUCAUAGAAGGCAAUCAUGUCGAAGUGUACCAUGCAGGACCUUGGGCAUGUAGUUGCAGUUACUUUUCAUGGUCAGUGCAGGGAGAUACUGACGUCAAGCAUGAUAUUUACCUGGAUCGGUUCCCUAUUAUAAUGCAGCUAUAUGGUCUAUGCAGUAUAAAAGCAGUAGCUCAUACCGUGCAACUAGUCCUUGUUCCUGCAAAAGAGCGAGAAAACAAAUCUUUGAUCAGUUUUUCUGGAAGCAGAGUUUAACUAUGUUCUAUUGGUUUUUAAUACUGAAAAUUGAAAUUGUGAAUAAAGGUUAUAACAUGUCCGGUUAGUUUCCCAAGCUUUUGUAAAAUCAGCUGCAGUUGGUUGGCACCAAUAAUAGUGCCGUAAUGUUGCCAACCUAAAAAAGAAGUAAAAGCCCUUGCUCUC